GGCUGCUGCAGCUGAGGCAGUGUUUUUGAUCUGCUGAACAGGGAAGUGAGAAGCAGAACAGGUUUUACUUUUACCUUCUUCGAUCUUCAGUUUGAUGCGUCUGGUUACUGCUGCUCCACCUCCGCCAUGUUCCUCCGCCUUUAACCCGAGCGUUGUGCGAGUCUGAAGCCGCUGUGCACAUGACAAGCUAACGAUGGAGGAAAAGUUCCUGACCGUGGUGUUCCUGCUCAGCUGCCCGGCUCUGGCAGCUGCCCGGCGGCCUCACAUCGUGUUCAUCAUGGCCGACGACUUCGGCUGGAACGAUGUCGGGUAUCACAGCUCGGAGAUCCGGACGCCAAACCUGGACAAAGUGUCGGCCGGAGGAGUCCGCCUGGAGAACUACUACGUGCAGCCUAUGUGCAGCCCGUCCCGCAACCAGCUCAUGACCGGGAGGUACCAGAUCCACACUGGCCUGCAGCACCAGCUCAUCUGGCCCUGUCAGCCGUACUGUGUGCCCCUGGACGAGAAGCUGCUGCCCCAGCUGCUGAAGGAGGAGGGCUACGCCACACACAUGGUCGGCAAGUGGCACCUGGGCAUGUACAAGAAGGACUGCCUGCCCACCCGCCGCGGCUUUGACUCCUACUUUGGUUUGUCUGUCGUUGUAUUAACAUUUUAUUAG